AUGUCAAACACGACGGACUCGGUGAUUGAGAAGCUGCCCAACACGGCAGAGCUCAAGGAAGAUGUCAAGGCCGCUUCUAAGUCGUCGCUGCAGUCGCUACGGGCGCUGUUAGCUGGAGGCGUGGGUGGUGUGUUUGCGGUUGUUGUGGGCCACCCGUUCGAUCUAGUCAAGGUGCGCAUGCAGACGGCAGAGAAGGGUGUAUACACGGGCGCCAUGGACGUUGUGAGGAAAACGAUCGCAAAGGAGGGAUUGGCCAGGGGACUGUAUGCGGGUGUUUCUGCGCCGCUUGUCGGUGUUACGCCCAUGUUUGCUGUAUCCUUUUGGGGUUACGAUCUUGGCAAGCAGCUCGUCUCCAGCGUGUCCAAAGUCGAAAACAACCAGUUCAGCGUCGCACAAGUCUCCGCCGCCGGUUUCUUCAGCGCCAUCCCCAUGACCAUCAUCACCGCACCUUUCGAGCGCGUAAAAGUGCUCCUGCAGAUCCAGGGACAGAAGAAUCUAGCACCUGGCGAGAAGCCCAAGUACUCUGGGGGUAUGGACGUUGUCAAGCAAUUAUACAAGGAGGGCGGCAUCAAGUCCGUAUACCGUGGCUCUGCCAUGACACUGGCGCGUGACGGCCCAGGAUCAGCCCUCUACUUUGCCACGUACGAGUACUUCAAGCGCACUCUGACUCCCAAAGACCCUGUUACGGGACAGCCUGGAUCGCUGAGCAUGGGCGCGGUCAUGGUGGCGGGUGGUGCUGCCGGUGUCGCCAUGUGGAUACCAGUCUUCCCCGUUGACACCAUCAAGUCACGGUUACAGAGCGCCGAAGGCAGACCGACAAUCAGUGGAACCAUCAAAGGCAUUCACGCAAGUGGUGGUCUCAAGGCCUUUUUCCCUGGCAUUGGACCUGCCAUGGCAAGAGCAGUGCCUGCCAACGCAGCUACAUUCGCUGGCGUAGAACUUGCGCAGAAGGCUAUGACCAAGAUGUUCGACCGCGACGGCGAGUAG